AUGUUGGAAGAGAGAUCUUUAGAUAUUGCCAAUUUUAUAAAUAGGUUAAAUCUAGAAUUUAAUAAUAAAUGGGGAUUAAAAUUAGAAUUGAAGAGAAGAAGAGAAGAGAUUUUAGAGCAUGACAAGGUAGAAAAGAGAGAAAUUAAAUAGAAUGCUGCAAUGUCAAUAUUAAAUUAAUUAAAUUUAAAAUAAUUAUUAACUUAAAUGUUUAGCAUAGAAGAAUUUAUUAAACAAUAUUAGAAUCUUGCAAAUCCAGAUAAGAGUAUAAGUCAAGAAGCGAACAAAUAUAUCCUUAAAUUGCAACAAACUAAGGAAGCUUUCACUAUUGCCUAACAAAUAUUAGAUUAAUAAAAUAUUUAAUAAGAAUACUAAUUCAUAGCUUGUUAAUUGAUUUAUAGAAGAUUGAAGGAGGAAUGUGAUAUUACCAUACAACCUUAUCUUUUAACUUUAUUAGGAAGACCGCUAUCAAACAUUGCCUUGAAUUAAGUUUGCUCCUCAUUUGCAGUCAUUAUUGUAGGUAACUCUCAGCUUUGGAAAGGAAUACUAUAGGAAUUAAUACAAUUAAUGAAGGUAAAAAUGCCAAUAGGUAUUGAAAUUCUGAAUUAAAUUGCAAUUUAAAGCAAAGAAUGCCAUUCAAAAAAAGAAUAAUAGAAAUUGCAACUAGAAUUCUAGACACAAGAAAGUAUACUUUCAGAAAUAUUUCUAAGUUUGUUAUGUGUCUAGGAUUUGAAUAUUUUUAAAUAAACUAUUUCAUGCAUUGAAUCUUGGGUUUAGUUUUCAUAUAACUUAUUCAAAGAUUCAAAAUUGAUUCAACAAAUAAUAGUGUUAAUAUAACACGCUUUGUAAAAUAAUGCACUUGAAUAUUCUGAUAAAUUGUUCUCUUUACUAUACGAAGCUGUUGCAUACUCACAAUAUAUUAAAAGUCCCAUUACCGAGCCUAUUGUGCAAUAAAAUUUAAUUGCAAUGCUCGAAUUUAUAAUAAAGAUUUAUUCUCCUUAAAUCUCAGUUAUGUUUGCAUCCUUUGCAACUAAGUUUAUUUGUGACUUUUAUCCAAUCGUUUAAAAUUCAAAGUAUGAAGAACCAGUAUUAACAAUGAUGGUCAAUAUUGUGAAUAAUCCUUAAAGGAAAAUAGUAUUCCAAACUUUUGAGUUUUGGAGUCUAAUGAGACAGAAUAAUUUGCUUCAAGGAAUUGGGUUGAAGAUAUUACAAUGUUUAAUAGAUAGAUGCAAAGUAAAAUCUAUUAAAUUAACCAAAUAAUUUCUAUCAGGAGAAUCUGAAGAUGAAAAUGACUUUUUUACUAAAACAGACUGCGAAAGUUAGGAUUAUAAUAUCUCUACUUCUGAUUUUAGAGAACAUUGUAAAGAAAUAUUCAUUAGCAUAUAUAAGAGUGCUGAAUAAAUUAAUUAAACGAAUUCAUUUUUUUAAAUCAUUUUAUCAAACUUGGUUAUCACUAAUGCUGAGACCUCAGAAUAGAUUAUUUAAAGUGAAGCAGCAUUGUUUUGCCUUUGUUCAAUUAUAGAUGAAGCAGACUUCUAAAUUGACAACCCAUUAGUGCUAUAAAUUAUUUAAUUCGUGCUUUAAUUGUCAAACAGCUAGAAUUUUGAAAUUAUUGUAAAAACAACCCUGUAAAUGUUUAGCGGAUUAACUAAUUAAUUAAAUCUAAAUAAUGAGUUAUUGCUUUCUAUUACAAAGUACUUCUUCCAGUAUAUGCUUCAUCCUUUAUUGGGAUCUUUAGCUGGAAUUGCCUUUGAAUAAAUUUGUAAUAAUGGGGAACUUAAGAAUCAACAAUUGAUAUCUGACUGUGUACUCUUCCUAGACCAACAUUUUAAUGAUUUUAUUAAUUAAUCUUAGUUAAGUAGUUUUGUUGAAGGCAUAUUGAAAUUAUGUUAUCGAAUUUAUUCACAAGGGAAUAUAGAUUGCAUAAUCCAGUUGUUCAACUUUGCAAAUAACUAAUUUCAACUAUUUAACAAUAUUAGUUUAUUGACUAAAUAGCAAUUCACUUAUAUCACUACUUUAAUUAUUGCAAUCUUAACUUGGAUUAAUUCUAAUAUUGAAGAAAUAAGCCCUUAAGUAAAAUAGAUAUCAGAUUUGUUAUGUUCUUCUAUAAGUGAACCGUUAAUCAAUCUAUUUAAAGAAUAAUAAGGUUUGUCAAACAAUGAUGAACUAUAUUAAUUAGUUAGGAUGAUAAUGAAGGUAUCAAACUAUUAAACUCAUUCCUAAUCUAUUAUAUCAUUACUGCAAAUUUCAUUUCAAAUAUUCUAUCAAAAUCCAAUUUAAAAACAUUAAUGGUUGUAGUUAAUCACAAUUGCAAUAGGUAGAAGUUCAGAAUUUUAGUUUAUUUCUUAAUGGGCAUUUUAAAGUAGUUAAUAAAUUCAUUAAUUUUGCAUUGAGUAAUUUAAGCACUGGAGAGAUUCGGAUUUGAUGAAGGUUUAUGUUGAAUUUGUCAAAGAAUGUACAAGAUAUUGUCAAUAAACAUUAUUUCAAUCCCCUUAUCUGUUUUUAAUAAUAGAAGUAAUUUGUGAAGCCUUUUUGACUUUGAAUUCAUAUGAAAUGCAAAGGGAAAUUUUAUAGUUUUUCAAAACUUUGUCUCAAUUUAUUGAAAAGGGAUAGGAUUACUUCAAUUAAAUUGUAAUAUAAAUAGUUACGACUUUAUUCCUGAGCAUUUCAAACAUCAAUCGUGCUAUUAUCUUUUAGAUUAUCUAGAUUUUAUAAUUCAUCUUAAAAAAGGAAAUAAGCAGCGAGGAACUUAAGGAACUUAUCUAUUAGACAUUGCUUAAAAGUUGGGGUGCUAACAAGAACCCAUAGUAGGUUCAACUUGUAAGUCAAGCAAUUGUGCACUAUUUAAAAAAGACAGGAGAUAAUGGAUUGAAUAGAGAAUUAAAAUUAUUAUUGCAAAAUCUGAGAGAAAUGGGGGAGGAAGAGAUCGAUUAUAUGCAUUUGGAAAUGGUUAUAAAACAAUGA